AUGAGGGUCUUCAGCCGCUUUCGAAGACCGGAUCCGCCCCCGCCCCCUCCGCCAUACCAGUUCGCAGACCCGAGUGCGGCUCACCACUCCGAGCUGGCCGCCAGCCUCGUCCCGCCCCCCAUGCCGCGGCGGGUAUCGCGCACUUCGACGCAGCGCUCCGUCCUCGCGCCCGUCCAACAGAGGACGAGGGCGGGCCUCUCGGCACUCCCCCUUAGCGUUUUACAUCGUGUCUGCGAACUGAUGCUGGUCGUGCCGAGGGGGUGGGACGAGGACGCCGAUGCGGCCAGAGCUAGGGCCGCACUGUACGGCUUGCGAGGGGUCGAUCGGCGCUUCUUCCUUGUCAUCACCUCUAUCCUCCGCUCGCGGCUUUUGCCCGUGUAUGCUGGCCGGGUUAUCGAGUCCUCGGACCCAAUAGGCGCCGGCAGCGGCGAUCCGACGGCCGAGAGCGUGUUCGCCCAUCGCUCGCGCGAGGGAGCGGUGCUGGACCGCUUCCUCGCUGUGCGCACUGGGUUCGAACAAAGGAGGGCCGAGAGCGCCCUGUCCGAAGACGGCGGGGACGAGGACCACAUCUUUGCUUUCCUCCAGGUGAGCCUGGCUCCGAGUCUGACCCGAGUGCGCCCCGGGCAUCUGCCCCGGGCACCUCUGGGCGGCAGAAGCGGCGGCGGAAGCUUGAGAGAGACGACGGUAAUAGCUAAUGCCCAGCCCGCCGCGCGUAUUGAGGAUCUACUCCUAAACCUUUCCCCGCGCCUUGUUUCGCCUUCGGCGCACGCUGCGCUCGCGCACGCCUUCCCUUUGCCCCAUACGCAUGUCAGCGUCGGCCUCUCGAGCCGGUGGGUGCAGAUAUACCUCCACUCCUCCCCUGUGGGAGGGCGGAGUACCGGCCGCACGCUUGUUGCAGAGCUCAAGCGGCAGCCGACGGCUGAGGCGACCGUCGAGCGGAUUGGCGCCGUGCUCGAGGCCAUCCGCGCCGGACACAUUCCGUGGGGCUCGACGAGGAUCGAAUGA